AUGCUUUUCAAGUUCCUUGGUAAUAGUGAUGCUCCUGAUUGGGUCCUUUCUGAGAUGAAUACCCUCUCACUUGUAUCUUCUGUUCGUAUAAAAUUUAUUCUUCUCCAAGUCUACAACAUUAUUAUUGGCGCACAAGUUAAUCAUGACAAUAUCAACAUGCACCUUCAAGAUGCUAAAUUAUCUGAUGGCCAGAAGAGAUCAUUGCUUGCUCUUCUCUCUUAUAUUGUUGAAAAUGCCGUCAGAUUCGAUGUCGAACCAGAAGAUCUUGCUCAGGAAUUGACACAGCUCGGUGCCCCACACUCACACGCUAGCACAAUCAAUCGUUUUUAUAAAGAAUAUCGUCGUAAUUUAAGAAAAUCAUUCAAACAAAACUUCAUUCAGUUUUCACAUCCAGAUUUGAUCGAACACCGUGCUGAUAUUAUAUUGAAGAGCAAAAAUGGAAAUCCAGAACCACAUUCUGUGCUCAAUGUAAGAUUCCAUCCAAAUAAUAAUAGGCCAUUCACUGUUACAAUGACAAAAGAGCAAGUUAAUGAUUUAGCUUGCGAGCUUAGAACAGCCAUUAGCUUAUUACGUGUUAACAAGUAA